GACAUAAAAAUAAAAACAUUAAAAAAGUUACCUAUAAAAGAUUAGCUUUUUAAUUACCUUUAGUUUUAUUCUUUUCGGAGUUUGUUAUUUUUCUGUUAAGAUUAAUUCAGGUUUACAAAUUUACGAGUACAUUGAUGUAUAAGAAAUAACCGUUUAACGUGUAAUAUUCAAAGUGGAUUAAAAAUUUAAUUCGCCAGCAGGUACUUUACCAUGGAUGAUCCAUUCGUUGUGUGCCCGUAUAACUUUGCUCAUCGUGUACAUCGCUCGCGGAUUCAAGCUCAUAUUGUAAAGUGUCAGCCAAACUACCCAGAACUUGACAUAUGCCCGUACAAUGCUACACAUCGGGUUCCAAAACUUGAAAUUAGAAGUCAUGUUCUAAACUGCCCAUCUAAAAAUGCUAUAUUUCCUCAAGACAAGCCUCCAAAACUAACAGGAUCACUGACUACACCAAAACCUAUUUUACAGAAGGAUUAUUUACCAGAGACUGACCCUAAUCAUGAAAUAUGGGAUGACUGACGUGAAAUGAAGUGUGAUUAUUUUAUUUUAAGCAUUACAACUAUUUUGAAUUUGUGAUUUGUAAGAUUUUAAGGUGAUUGAUGUUAAAUGUUUAAUGGACAUUAAAUGUUACAUGUUAAUUAUAUAUUUUUG